AUGUCUCGCAGGGAGUCCCCCCCUCCGCCACCCUCCCCUCCGCCACCUCCGCAGCUCAUCCGUGGAGACAACGUGCUCGUCACGGACCGUGGGGACGAGGACCGCCCUGAGAGAGCUGAGCCGCUGUCAGACGCAGAGACAGAGAUCAUCCAGGGCACGUGGGGUUUGGUUUACAAAAACUGCGAGGACGUGGGCGUGUCUGUGCUGAUCAGGUUCUUUGUAAACUUCCCCUCCGCCAAACAAUACUUCAGUCAGUUCCAGGACAUGCAGGACCCUGAAGAGAUGGAGAGGAGCACUCAGCUGAGACAGCAUGCCCGCCGAGUCAUGAAUGCCAUCAACACGGUGGUGGAGAACCUUCACGAUACAGAGAAAGUGUCAUCUGUGCUGGCCUUGGUCGGAAAAGCACACGCACUCAAGCACAAAGUGGAGCCGGUGUAUUUUAAGAUUCUGAGUGGCGUGAUGCUGGAGGUGCUGUCAGAGGAUUACCCAGAAUGCUUCACUGAAGAGGUGCAGCUGGUGUGGACCAAACUGAUGGGUGCAGUGUACUGGCACGUGACCGGAGCAUACACCGAAGUGGGCUGGCUCCAGGUCUCCAGCUCCGCCGUGUGAAGAGAAACAGCUGAACAGUGGACUCAGGAACGUGGUGAAUCAGAUGAGUUUGGGUAAAGUGUGAAUGGAUUGGGAGAGACCCACUGUGGUCUGUUGCAGUCAUGAAUGAGGUGAAUUUGUUUUGUUUUAUUUGGUACUUGUGGUGCUCUUUUCAUCGCUGUGUUAUAAUUACACCAUAGGCUUCAACACACAUCAGGAUACGACUCUUUGGAGCGUGGCUAAAUGCUUAAUAUGAAUAGCUUUAAUGUAAUUAUAAAGGCUAUUUAUUUAUUUACAGAUAGUUCAGUGUAAACUCCCGAUGUCUCUUCAUUUAACCUCGAAGAUGGGCACAUGACUUCAGACUUGCCAAUGUUCUAUUUAAAUGUAAUUUUAGUGAGCAUUUUAGGGGUGUUCUCAUUUUAUGCAAAAUUGAUUAAUGCAUUACUCAUGAGUUACAUAAUUCAAUCUAAACUGUUAGGACUCAUGCAAUCAAUGCAACCAUUUUUUAAAAAGUGCUAUUUUCCAGUUUAUAUUUUGCAAAAAUGUUACAUACUUUUGCUUUAAAGUACAUCCCAUAAAAACUAAUGUAAACAGAACCAAAUAUCAAGAUAAGACUAGUGUUUUCUUUGUAAGAACAAUUUCAGAAAUACUUUUAUCUAUACAUCUCAAAAUACCCCAGUAAUAAUGAAAUAAUUUAAUGAGACAGAAAAUCAACAUUGUGACAAAGAACAUGAUCAUAGCAGACUUAACACCUUUGUUUGGGAAUCUGAUUAUUUCAGUGCAAUCUAAAAACAACAACAAAGGCUUCAGCUUAUGAAGUGCGAUGAAUAAUUGGUUACAUUUUGCUCCCGUAACAAAACAAAAAAAACUUUCUUGGUAUUAAAUGACAUUCCACAAACAGUACAAUGCAAAGGUAAUCAAAUUGUCUUGCUGGUUGCUGUAUAUUUUCUUAUAUAUUCCCCCAGGAAAUAUGUUUUUAGAUUUUAAAGGUGCAUUAUGUAACUUUUCUAGUGAAGGAUCUGUCAAAUUCUUUUCUCAGUGGCGAUGUUACUACUUUGUCUGAAAAGUUUCACAGCAUAGUAUUACACCUUCAUGGACACCAAACCAGACCAAGUUACAGGUCAGAUCUGUAGGGAGACAACCGCGCUCACAGUCACAAUGUCUGGUUUUCUAGGUAUUUUUCAGCUAUAAAACCAUCUUCCAUGCAAAGGAAUGACAUCUCUAUAGAAACAAGAAGGAGACAGACCCCCAACCAAAAAGUUACACAGUGCACUUUUAACAUUUCUCAUUCAUAUUAUAAAAGCUCAAGUCUGAUGCAGUUUACUCCAUGUCUCAUUCCACCUCCUAUGGUCAUCUCAAACUGUGACUUCUUCAGAUGAAAAAUACUGUAGCUAUAGUUUUAGUUUCAUAAAGUUAAAAGACACAAACUUUUUUUUGUUUGUUUUAUUAAGUGUAGCAUAUUCCAGCUUGACCACCUUUCAUUUUGUUUUGCCAGGUAGCUGUCCAAAUGUUUAGACAAGAAAUGAUUUUUACACUGUUGGUGGGGCAGUUAUUGUAGAUGAUGCCCUGGCUAUGGGACCAUGGAGCUGCAGACUGUUAUGAUAUACUGUAUAUUCUUACUGUGUCCUAUACUAUAUCAUGUAUGGUUAGGAGACUUGCAGAUCUCUCUAUUGACGCACUUGUAUGCUCUUAAUGUCUUGUUUAAAUUUGCCAAUGUGUUUGUAUAAGUGUAAAGUGGGCAAGUGUGUAUACUCUUUGGCUUUCUACAACUCACUGCAGACAUCUUAAAGAGGGCUGCUUUGCUCCAAAUCAUGAACGAUCUUUUUAUAUGGUUUCUAUUUCUUUUUUCAUCACAUUUUUCCGAGCAAAAAUACUGUUAUUUAAGUGGUACAUGGGUUGAUAGAAGCCUUCACACAGAGGCCUUUCUUUGUGUGAAGGCUUCCUCAAUGCUAAUAUUUACUUGACUGUCUCUUAGUUUACUUCUCCCAGAACCGCUCGAUAAGAUGUGGUGCAUUUAAGGACCUAUUAAAUGUUUAGGAACUUGUCCCGGUGGUCUAAGAGGGAGAAAGAGUUGAAAUGCUUUCACUUUAAAGUAACCUCUUUUUAGUGAAGGAUUUUUGAGAGAGUCCCUCAUGAUGAAUCUCUCUCCUCUCUCUGGUUUCAAUUCAGUCUAAUCCAACUUUACUUGUUGCACAUUUUACCAGCACAAAGU